GCGUGCCUUGAAGUACAGAGUAGCGCACUGGCCGGUUCACGCGGGGGCAAGGCUGCUGAACUCGGAGGCAAGUGCUGCCUGGGACAUGGCCGAGACUGCGGCGGGAUUCUGCCGCUUCAAAGCCAACUAUGCUGUUGAGCGGAAGAUUGAGCCCUUCUACAAGGGCGGGAAGGCACAGCUGGACCAGACUGGCCAUUACCUCUUCUGUGUCUGUGGUACCAAAGUGAACAUCCUGGAUGUGGCCUCAGGGGCUUUGCUUCAGAGCCUGGAGCAGGAGGACCAAGAGGACAUUACUGCCUUUGACCUCAGUCCUGAUGAUGAAGUACUGGUAACAGCCAGCCGUGCACUGCUGCUGGCUCAGUGGGCCUGGCGAGAAGGCACGGUCACUCGCCUAUGGAAGGCGAUACACACAGCUCCUGUGGCCUCCAUGGCUUUUGAUGCCACCUCUACACUGUUAGCCACAGGUGGCUGUGAUGGGGCUGUACGUGUCUGGGACAUUGUGCAGCAUUAUGGGACACACCACUUUCGAGGCUCGCCUGGUGUUGUGCAUUUGGUGGCCUUCCAUCCCGACCCCACCCGCCUGCUGCUCUUCUCCUCAGCUGUGGACACCUCUGUCCGCGUGUGGUCACUGCAGGACCGCUCGUGUCUGGCUGUCCUGACUGCACACUAUAGUGCUGUCACUUCUCUGUCCUUUAGUGAGGAUGGCCACACUAUGCUCAGCUCUGGCCGUGAUAAGAUCUGCAUAGUUUGGGACCUUCAGAGCUACCAGACUACAAGGACGGUGCCAGUGUUUGAGAGCGUGGAAGCCUCUGUGCUACUGCCCGAACAUCCGGCACCCGCGCUGGGUGUGAAGAGCUCAGGUCUACACUUCUUAACAGCUGGUGACCAAGGGAUCCUUCGUGUGUGGGAGGCCGCUUCUGGGCAGUGUGUAUACACCCAGCCACAAAUGCCAGGCCUACAGCAGGAACUGACCCACUGUACCCUGGCCCGUGCUGCUGGCCUGCUCCUCACUGUCACUGCCGAUCACAACCUGCUACUCUAUGAGGCACAUUCCUUACAGUUGCAGAAACAGUUUGCUGGCUAUAGCGAGGAAGUAUUGGAUGUUCGGUUCCUGGGACCCAAUGACUCCCACAUCAUCGUGGCUUCCAACAGCCCUUGCCUGAAGGUGUUUGAGCUGCAGACUUUGGCCUGUCAGAUCCUCCAUGGUCACACAGACAUUGUCCUGGCCCUGGAUGUGUUCCGGAAGGGGUGGCUCUUUGCCAGCUGUGCCAAGGAUCAGAGCAUACGCAUCUGGAAGAUGAACAAGGCUGGCCAGGUGGCCUGUGUAGCUCAGGGUUCUGGCCACACACACAGUGUGGGCACCAUCUGCUGUUCUAGGCUAAAAGAAUCUUUCCUGGUGACGGGCAGUCAGGACUGUACUGUGAAGCUCUGGCCCCUCCCUGAAGUUCUGCUCUCCAAGAACACAGCUGAGGACAGUGGCCCCAUGCUUCUACAAGCCCAGACCACUCAGCGCUGCCACGACAAAGACAUCAACAGUUUGGCAGUCUCCCCCAAUGACAAGCUGUUAGCAACAGGCUCACAGGAUCGCACAGCUAAGCUCUGGGCCUUGCCUCAGUGCCAACUGUUAGGUGUUUUUACAGGCCACCGACGUGGCCUCUGGAAUGUCCAGUUCUCACCUACGGACCAGGUGCUGGCCACAGCCUCUGCUGAUGGCACCAUCAAGCUCUGGGCACUGCAGGACUUCAGUUGUCUCAAGACAUUUGAGGGACAUGAUGCUUCUGUACUGAAGGUGGCCUUUGUGAGCCGUGGCUCACAGCUGCUGUCCAGUGGCUCUGACGGGCUCCUGAAGCUGUGGACCAUUAAGAGCAACGAGUGUGUGCGGACCCUGGAUGCUCACGAGGACAAGGUCUGGGGGCUACAUUGCAGCCGACUGGACGAUCGUGCCAUCACUGGUGGCAGUGACUCCCGAAUCAUUCUCUGGAAGGAUGUGACAGAAGCUGAGCAGGCAGAAGAGCAGGCCAAACGGGAAGAGCAGGUGAUCAAGCAGCAAGAACUGGACAACCUGCUCCAUGAGAAGCGGUAUCUCCGGGCACUAGGCCUCGCCAUCUCUCUGGAUCGUCCCCACACGGUGCUGACUGUUAUCCAGGCCAUCAGGAGGGAUCCUGAGGCCUGUGAGAAGCUGGAAGCCACUGUACUCCGACUGCGAAGAGACCAGAAAGAGGCCCUGCUGCGCUUCUGUGUCACGUGGAACACAAAUUCCAGACACUGCCAUGAAGCCCAGGCUGUGCUUGGUGUGCUGCUGCGGCAUGAGGCUCCUGAGGAACUGCUGGCCUACGAUGGGGUGCGGGGAGCACUGGAGGCCUUGCUGCCCUACACUGAGCGGCACUUUCAGCGGCUUAGCAGGACACUGCAAGCAGCCACCUUCCUGGACUUCCUGUGGCACAACAUGAAGCUGUCCCCACUCCCUGCUGCAGCUCCCCCAGCCCUGUGAAACACAGAAGUUACUUUUCUAACGUGGUUUCUCAUGUGAAUCUGAUCAGUCUCUCCCAAAAUCCUUGGCCACACUUGGCCGACCGAGGUGUCGUCUGUAGGAAUUCAAGCCCACCCCUGCCCCAGUCCCUCAGCGCACAGUGAUUUGGGUGAAGUCAUUCCAGUUUUAUUUAGAGGAAAUAGAAAGUUAGCUGGCCCGUGGCCCUGCCAGCCAU